CAUUGUUAGAACCAGAGAGUGAGAUCGAUACAAAAAGCAAACAUUACUGAAAUUGAGUUGUGUCUCCUAAUCGAAGACGAAAGUUGAAAACUUUUGCUAACGGGUUUUAAGUUUCGUGAAGGAAGUCUUCGAUCAUUUCAUUUUAGCUGUGAUAUAAUCGUAAAGUUUUGAUCUUUGGCAAUGUACAGAGCUCUAUGGCGUUCUCCAUUGAGAUUUAUCGUGAGCUCCUCCUCGUCGUCUAAGUUUAGACCAACCUUAUCUCGGGAACUGGGAAGAAGUGGAAUUGAUAAUGGUGGCUCUGGUGGUUGUUCUUGUUCUCGUAGUGUCACGACAUUGAUAGGUAAUGAAUUUAUUCAAUGCCAAGAUGAGUCAACGAGGAAGGUUUUACAAGAGAAGAUUAUUGACGCACUUCGCUCUGGAGAGAGGCCUGGAGCUUCUGCUCUACUUUCAAAGCUAAUACAUGGAAACAAUCCACUUAGUGCCGAUGAUUUUCACGGCGUUCUUAAGUAUUGUGCCCGAUCACCUGACCCUGUGUUUGUCAUGGAGACUUACAGUGCAAUGUGUAAGAAUGAAAUCAAUCUUGACAGCAGAUCUUUGUUGUUCAUAGUACAAGCUCUUUGUAAUGGGGGACACUUGGAUAAGGCGUCAGAGUUUAUUCAGGCUUUAGGGGGAAAUGAUAGCAUCUCUCCUCUUUUGCCUGUGUAUAACUAUUUUCUUGGAGCCUGUGUCAAAACGAGAAACGGGAAUUACGCUAGUAGAUGUUUGGAGUUGAUGGAUCAAAGGAGAGUAGGGAAGAAUGAGAUAACAUAUGCAGCACUUCUCAAGCUUGCAGUUCUUCAGCGCAAUCUACCGUCUGUCAAUGAAAUACUGAAGCACUAUGUGGACCACUAUAGUCUGAGUAUACUCUCGCUCAGAAAAUUCAUAUGGUCCUUUACGAGGUUGGGUGAUUUGAAAUCAGCUUAUGAAUUACUGCAACACAUGGUGGCUCUAGCUUCAAGAGGAGAGCUCUUUGUCAAAUUCAAAAGCGGAAAAUUGCACUCCACGAGACUAGAUAUCCCUAUACCAUCAAGUACUCAGACGAGAUCAGAGAAAGUUGCUUUAGGAGGAGUAAAUGAUCACACGGUUUCUCUAAUGGUGGAUGCUCAUGGAAAGAGCAAUGGCAUUGAGUCUUCUAACGUGGUUUUGCCGAAAGGUCAGAGUAACAACAUCCCUGCAACUAGGAUCCUCAGGUGGUCGUUCAACGAUGUGAUUCACGCAUGUGGACAAUCUAAAAACUCUGAGCUAGCGGAGCAGCUGAUGCUUCAGAUGCAGAAUCUUGGGUUGGUACCGUCGAGUCACACGUAUGAUGGUUUCAUUAGAGCUGUUGCGUUUCCAGGAGCAUACGAAUAUGGGAUGACACUGUUGAAAGUAAUGCAGCAGCAGAAUCUGAAACCAUAUAACUCAACUCUCGCUACGGUUUCAGCGUAUUGCAGUAAGGCCUUUCAAGUUGAUUUAGCUGAACAUCUACUGGAUCAAGUGUCUGAGUGCUCGUAUGCGUAUCCUUUCAAUAAUCUUCUUGCUGCGUGUGACUCCUUGGACCAACCAGAGCGUGCUGUCCGAGUAUUGGCUAGGAUGAAACAGCUGAAUCUGCGUCCUGACAUGAGGACUUAUGAACUGCUCUUUUCAUUAUUUGGUAAUGUGAAUGCACCGUAUGAAGAAGGCAACAUGCUGUCACAAGUGGACUGUUGCAAAAGAAUAAACGCUAUAGAAAUGGAUAUGGUGAGAAAUGGUCUUCAGCACAGUCCUAUCUCAACUCGGAACGUGCUGAGAGCCCUCGGAGCUGAAGGUAUGGUGAACGAGAUGAUCCGGCGCCUGCAAAGAGCUGAGAAUAUGUAUCUAGAGACGCCUACAUACAACAUAGUGCUUCAAUCACUUCUUGAGGCAAAUGAAACUAACAUGGUGAUCAAAAUAUUCAAAGGGAUGAAAGCAUGUGGCUACCCUGCAGACGCCGCUACCUACAACAUAAUGAUUGAUUGUUGCAGCAUCAUUCAUUCUUACAAAUCAGCUUGUGCCUUAGUCUCCAUGAUGAUCCGUGACGGGUUUUCUCCAAAAGCGGUCACGUUUACUGCUCUAAUGAAGAUUUUGUUGAACGAUGAGAGUUUCGAGGAGGCGCUCAAUCUCUUGGACCAAGCUGCAUCGGAAGGGAUACACCUCGAUGUCUUAUCAUACAACACCGUUCUGCGUAAAGCGUUUGAGAAGGGAAUGAUCGACGUGGUUGAGUACAUAGUGGAGCAAAUGCGCAGAGAGAAAGUGAAUCCAGACCCAUCGACAUGCCAUUUUGUAUUCAACUGUUACGUGGAGAAAGGGUAUCACACGACGGGGAUAGAAGCGUUGAAUGUUCUGAGCCUAAGAAUGCUCGGCGGAGAAGUGAAAGAGAGUCUUCAGGAGAAGAAGACAGAGCUUGAGGAAAGUUUUGUCACGAGUGAAGACCCUGAAGCUGAGACGAAGAUUAUUGAGCUGUUUAGAGACUCGCGGGAGCAUCUUGCAGCUGCGCUUUUGAAUCUAAGGUGGUGCUCGAUGCUCGGGGUGAGGGUUAUAUGGUCGGAAGAGCAAAGUCCAUGGGCUAAAGGACUAUCUAACAAGUAUGGUUAGUAGGUGGCUUUUUCGUCUCUACAUCUGUUGAUUCUCUGUUCACAAACUGGUGAGUCUAGCCGGUUCAUUGUGAACAGUUUGAUGAGAUGAGUCUGCACGGCGAUUAGAAGCAUCUUUAGUCGUUUGCAAUACAAACCACCUAACAACUAAGGUGGUGGUCUGAGUUUUUAUUUUUUGUUUGCUGACGUCUUUCUAUAAAACAGUUUAGUAAACCAAACCGGUGAUGCAUAAUUGAUUUGAAAUUUUAAAUCAUAGAUGAAAGAGCUGUAAACUUUAUCAA